CGGGCGGGCGCGCAGCCCGCCGCUGCCCCGAAGCAAGCAAGCGUCCGAGAGGGCUUCCCGCAGGCGGCGUGCGAAGAGGCGCACUUUGAAAACUAGAGAAUGGCUGGAUUUCCCUGGGAGGGCGAGCGGGGUGGAUUUAAAGUCCUAGUGGCGACGCUUUCCGUGGCUUUGGUUUACUCCUAUAACAUCGAUCUGGACCAUCCUGUGAUUUAUCAAGGACCCAAUAACUCUUUCUUCGGGUACUCGGUGCUGGAGCAUUACUACGACAAUACCCGAUGGGUCUUGGUUGGCGCCCCAAAGGCAGACUCUAAGUACAGUGCUUCUCUUAAGUCCCCAGGAGCUGUAUUCAAAUGUCGGGUUCACACUAACCCUGAUAGGAGGUGCACAGAGCUGGAUAUGGGUCGAGCUAAUGUUCGAGGAACAUUCUGUGGAAAGACAUGUAAAGAAGAUAGAGAUGAUGAAUGGAUGGGUGUCAGUCUGGCAAGACAGCCUAUGGUUGGAGGAAGUAUACUGGCCUGUGCACAUCGUUGGAAAAAUGUCUACUAUGAAACUGAGUACAUCCUUCCUCAUGGCUUUUGCAACAUCAUCCCUCCCAACCUUGGGUCGAAUGGUAAAAAGUUAAUACCUUGCUAUGAAGAAUAUAAGAAGAAAUAUGGUGAAGAGCAUGGUUCAUGUCAGGCUGGAAUAGCAGGUUUCUUCACAGAGGAGUUGGUUAUCAUGGGAGCUCCUGGAUCUUAUUAUUGGACAGGAACUAUCAAAGUAUUGAAUCUCACUGAUAAUACAUACUUUAAACUGAAAGAUGAAUCUGGGAUAGCCAAGCGUUACAUAUAUCUAGGAUAUGCAGUGACAGCAGGUCAUUUCUCUCAACUGAUGACCACGGACGUCGUUGGAGGAGCUCCCCAGGAUGGAGGCGUUGGAAAGGUAUACAUAUUCCGCACAGAUAGGAAUUCUGGCUCUUUGGUCAAAAUCUUUCAGGCGUCUGGUAAAAAGAUGGGCUCUUACUUUGGCUCCUCCUUAUGUGCAGUUGAUCUGAAUUUUGAUGGACUUUCAGACCUCCUGGUGGGAGCACCCAUGUUCUCUGAGAUCCGGGAUGAAGGUCAGGUCACCGUCUACCUCAGCAGAGGAAAUGGUGUUCUGGAAGAGCAGCUUGUUCUGAAUGGUGAUAACGCCUACAAUGCACACUUUGGGGAAAGCAUGGCGUCCCUGGGGGAUAUUGAUGAUGAUGGAUUUCCAGAUGUUGCCAUUAGUGCUCCGAAAGAAGACGACUAUGCAGGAGCAGUGUAUAUCUAUCAUGGGCACAUUGGGGGCAUUAUUCCUCGAUAUUCCAUGAGGAUAUCUGGAAGACAGUUAAGUCCAAGGCUGCAGAUGUUUGGCCAGUCCAUUUCUGGGGGAGUUGAUAUGGAUGGAAAUGGUUACCCAGAUGUGACGAUUGGUGCCUUUAUGUCAAACAAUGUAGUUCUUCUAAGAUCACGGCCUGUCAUUACCUUGGGCAUCUCAAUUUUCCUGCCAGCAUCCAUUGACAUCACAGCUCCUCAGUGUCAUGAUGGCUUGCAACAAGUGAAUUGUCUAAAUGUCACUGCGUGCUUUAGGUUCAAAGGCAAACAUGUUCCAGGACUGAUAGAUUUGAAUUAUAAUUUGACAGCAGAUGUGGCAAAGAAAGAAAAAGGUUAUCCAAUCAGGGUUUACUUUGUUUCUUCUGGAGAAGCAACGGGCCAGAUCACAGAACACUUGCAGCUGUCGUAUAUGCAGGAGAAAUGCACAAAUUACCUAGCCUUCGUGAAGAAUGGUCCCAACUGUGGAUGCUGUAGGAAAUCACGUCACUAUUCAUUUGUUAGUCUUCCAGAUGCUACAAGGCUGUCAUGUAUCAAGCACUAUGUUGAAGAAAUGGGCCUGGGAAUCAAGCAUGAGAACUGGAUUGUUAAUUUCUGAGGGCU